AUGCGUUUCUCAGCUCACUCUAUUCCAAAACGUGAUCCGACUGAGUCAUCUGCUUCUUCUGAGGAAACCAUGCUUGUGCAUGGUCUUGCCGAAGCAAUCUUAAAGAGCCCCGACAGUACUCUGAGACAGUAUGGACUAGACGACCGGUCUUCUAGUCCUAACUAUCCCGCUUUCCUACAGCCCGACUCUGAUAUAAGUGACGAGGAUGCGGGUGAUAUUCCAUACCGAAACGACGGAGAAGAUAAGAUCAGUGUUGAGGAUACGAAUCGUAUGAAGCCUUCCGUCGAGGAAGAUCCUGGCCCGUCGGUUCGAUUCCGUACGGCCGCCGAACUCGAGGCUGCCAUCGAAGCGCAGGUCGAGGAUACUUCCAUCUCUGGUCUGGACACUACGGGGUUGCCCCUCUUGCGCAACUUUCUAACCUCGUUUGACAUGAGACUCCGUGAUUUACACCCCGAGCGGACCGAACUGGAUUGGAGAAAACAACGCCGGCCAACGAGAUCCGCGGUGAGUAGGCGUGCAGCACAGGGCCAGUUAUGUGGUGUUGAAGCUCCGGCGGAUCAGGCCUGCACCAACUGCACUCAAGAAAGAGGUACAUUCAAGCAUUGUCGGAUCGUUUUCGUUGACAACGAGGCUCAAUGGACGUGGGCAUGUGCCAAUUGCAUCUUUGUGAGCGGAGGUCACAAAUGUUCUUUUCGUCCUGAUAUAUCUCCGAACGUGCCCUCGUGGGUUGUCGCAGCCGUGACUGAACGUCAGCCCUCAAGUCCAUUGCUUCAGAAAUACUAUGGCAAAAAGGAUACAGCUACCGCUCAUCAGUCCGCGAAGUCGACUACUAGUCGGAAGCGUUCUACGGCUGUGGCCCAGCUGACUCCCGAACAAAUUGAUCAAGCGUCCGACCUUGAAACACACGAGCAUGUAGCCUCCCGGCAUGAACCACAUUCCCCAACAAUUCAACGUGCCAAAAGAACUGCACGCGUGAGCAGAAACACUGUCUCAAAGGGGACUGCUCCAAAAUACUCAUACGAAGAGAAACCCGCUAAGCGUCGCAAGUCAGAAAUUUGUCCCACGAAGGCCAGUGGGUGCGUCACUAAGAAUGUACUCAAGCGCUGCAAGUCAGAGGUUGGUCCCUCAACGGCCAGUAAGUGUGCUAAUAAGGGCGCCACACCUCCGAAGCUUAAGAACGGAGGACUCUCAUUCAACGCGACCUGGUACAGUUCGCCCCUCGAAGACCCCGAGGUGUACCGUAUGAAGGACAAGGCAUAUGCCAUUGAUACUUUUAAUGAUAUUGCAGAUAUCAUGGCGCGCGUCAAAGAGGAUCACAGUCGUAUGAAGGAAGCACUGCUUAAGAAAGGGUUCUUGCCAGGGUCGGAAGAGGAGAACGUGUUUGCCGUGGUGUAA